CAAUUAUUGUCGCAUUCAGCAGUAUUCAGCAAGCAGUCAACAUCAGCGGUUAUCCUCAGAAAAAGUGAAAUCAGAAAGCUAAAACCAUGUCCCAGGCAGUGAUUACGGAUACACCCCAGGAAGAGAAUGAUUCAACAACCAAAACCAACGGUUCGACCGAGAAUGGCAAGGUGGAGGAUCUGAAGAGACCCAUACAUGUCUCCGGCGGAGUGGAGGAGAUCAUAGAUCCGUUCUGUAAUCCGGACAAUCCUCAGAGAAUAUCCUUCCAUGAUGUGACAUCAGCGGCUUUUCUUAUACGUGGUGGAGUGGAGCGUACUCCUUGUCCGAAAUCCACAUCAUCGGAACUUUAUGGCAUGGAUUUGUAUUUGAAGAAGGAUUUCCUGCAAUUCACGGGCAGCUUCAAGGAGCGUGGCGCACGCUAUGCCUUGUUAUCACUCACCGAGGAGCAGAAGAAAAAGGGUGUGAUUAGUGCCUCCUUGGGUAAUCAUGCCCAGGCUUUGUGCUAUCAUGGCUGGAAACUUAAUAUCCCGGUUACCGUGGUCAUGCCCAAGGCAGCCACCAUUAUGAAGAUCCAGAAGUGUCGCAAAUUCAAGGCCCGGGUCAUUGUCGAUGGCAAUGAUAUGGGUGAGGCCAAGUCUCUGGCGUUGCGUAUGUCCCGCGAUGAGGGUUUGCUCUAUGUGAAUGGCUACGAUCAUCCGCAUAUAAUGGCAGGACAGGGUACCAUUGGUCUGGAGAUUCUAGAGCAAGUUCCAGAUCUGGAUGCCGUGGUGGUUCCCGUGGGAGGAGGUGGUCUUAUUGCAGGCAUUGCCACUGCCGUAAAGGCUAUUUCUCCCAACACUAAAAUUAUUGGUGUGGAGUCUGAGAAGUGCGCCAGUUUCUCGAGAGCCUUGGAGAAUAAUGGCCCCAUUCACACUCCUAUCAAGAACACUCUGGCCGAUGGUUUGGCUGUGCCCAAAGUUGGCUAUAAUGCUUUUGCCACGGCCAAGCCACUCAUCGAUCGCAUGGUGGUGGUCAAGGAGGAAUGGAUUGCAGUGGCCAUUCUCCGGCUGGUGGAGGAGGAAAAGUGUGUGGUCGAGGGAGCAGGUGGAGCAGCCUUAGCUGCCAUUUUAGCUGGUCAGUUGGAUGAGCUUAAGGGAAAGAAAGUUGUGAUCCUUUUGUGUGGCGGCAACAUAGAUACCACUGUCUUUGGACGCUGUUUGGAGCGAGGACUGGCCGCUGUGGGUCGCCUGGUCAAGUUCAAUGUGGAGGUCAGCGAUCGUCCUGGCGGCAUUAAUGAUCUGUGCGCUCUGCUUUAUCGCGUUGGUGUCUCCAUCAAGGAUAUUAUGCAUGAGAGAGCCUGGCUAAGGGACAUCUACACUGUGGAGGUAAAGGUGGUGUGUGAAACUGUGGACUGGUCGCACAGCAUGGAGCUGAGAGAUGAGCUCAAGAAGUUCUAUGCCAAAGUGCAGUUCUCCGAUGUCCCAAUGGCCCUGACCCAAGAAGUCAAAUCGUAAACGGAUCUUUUCUAUAUGUAUAUAUAUAUAUAUAUAUCUAUAGUGUAUAUAGUACACAUAUGAUUUAUUCAAAAAACUUAAAACUUAGAGCUUAGUGGCUUAUGGGUAUGUAAACUAUAAUCGUAGUCGAAGUAGAAAUGUAAAUUAGGCGUAAAUAAAUAUACAUAAAAUACAGAGUCUAGAAAUGAA